UCCAUUGGUCCUUUUGCCGGGAGAGGAGGAGAAAACACUGAAGACCAACUGAAAUUCCUCAAAGCUCCUCCAAUUUCCUCCAAGCCGUCGUCGAAACCUCUUCUCUGGUCUACUUCUCUGUCGCCCAUCCGAGCAGCUAUCAAAUCUACUUAACGAUGUUGCGGGGUGUCGCUGUGCUCUUUCUGCUUGCCUUGGCUCACUCUCACGCAGAGGAGCUGCAGAGCAAGAGCAAAGUGUGCGCCAAUGUCUUCUGCGGGGCUGGUCGAGAGUGUGCCGUCAAUGAGAAAGGGGAGCCCAGCUGUCUGUGCAUAGAGAGCUGCAAGCCUCACAAGAGGUCAGUGUGUGGCAGCAAUAGCAAGACCUACAGGAACCACUGCGAGUUGCACAGAGAUGCCUGUUUGAGUGGACUGAAGAUCCAAGUGGCCCAUGAUGGACACUGCCAGGAGAAGAAGAACGAGCAGGCAGCUGCAAGCCCAGUGGUGUGCUACGCCGCAGACCGCAACGAGUUGAGAGGCCGUGUGAUCCAGUGGCUUCAAACGGAGGUGAUCCCAGAUGGCUGGUUUGUCAAGGGCUCCAACUUCUCAGACAUCCUGCUCAAGUACUUUAAGUCUUACGACAACGGCGAUUCGACGUUGGACUCCUCGGAGCUGCUCAAGUUCAUCCAACACAAUGAGUCGGUGGCGACUGAGAUGCAGUCCUACGUCGACCAGGAGAGCAAUAAGCUUCUUCGGAGUCUGUGUGUCGACGCCCUAAUCGAGCUGUCCGACGACAACGCCGACUGGAAGUUGAGCUUUGAUGAGUUCCUCAACUGCCUGAAGCCUGGAUUCAACCCACCAGAGAAGAAGUGUGCCUUGGAGGAUGAGACUUACGAGGACGGUGCAGAGACACAGGUGGAGUGUAACCGUUGUGUCUGUGCAUGCGGCAACUGGGUGUGCACUGCUAUGACUUGCACGGACAAGAAAGAUGCCGUGGAUGAGUCAACCGAUGGCGGUGCAGAGAUGACCGAGGAGGAGUGGAACCUCCGCGUAGCCGAGCUGAACAAACACCAGGAAACCGUGGAGAAAAUGAAGGCCAGCACAAAAGAGGCUUGAGUAACGAUGCCAUCAGAGAUGGAGGAUGCACGCCGCACCACUUUUUCCUCCAUACUUGACUGACCUUUGCAGCCUGUGUGUUGUUAUUGUCGGUAACACCACACUGACUUUGACAUGUGUCUCUACUAUUUUAAUUAUAAUUAUUAUUAUUACACAUGUUUCACAGUGUUAAAGUUUGCUAGAGUCAGGGGGGGCCAUUACAGUCCCUCUUUGCGUUCAGUACUGUCAUAUUUGAUUGUAUUAACUACUCCUGUACACGUCUUACUACAUAUUUUCUGCGAUUUUGCGAUUCAUUUUGCCGUUGCGUAUGUAGGCUCAUACUUGACCAACGCACUUGUUUUUUUGUCUCUUUCCUUUGUUCUCUUCGUGCACACCGAGCAACCGACCCGAGGUAGCUUACUAGACAUUUAGCAGCAAAAACAUGUGGUUGUAAGGAAAGUGAUUCAUAUGGCCCCAUCUGUCAUGGUUUACCUGACUCAUGAAACGUGACGGAUUUAGCCGCCAGAUUGUUGAAUAUCUUAAUGUUUUGUGAGGUAAAUUCCAACUUUGACCUGUGUCAGUUGCUAUACAUUUUCAGCAGACUGCCUUGCAAACUGAAUAACACCCUGCUUCCUAUUACGCAGGUAUGGGGCCGUAUGAAUCCCGUCCUUACUGCAAGUACACUUUUUUGCACCAUUUGUUUCCUCCUUGUGGGGCUCAGAUUCACCACAUGGGCAAAAGUAUGAACACGCUAUUAUUUUUGGUGUCGAAAUACCAUUGUCCAUAUGUCUCUUCAGGGCCAGUGAGACAUCUGAACGUAGCAUGGUGGGAGUGGGGGAGGGGGUGGGACGUCUGAAACCAAAGAUUUGAUGAAAAUGUUUGACUCUUUGUACUCAAAUCUCCAGGUAAGGCAGUAUUAUUACUCUGGACCCAGCAACAACACUAUACCUUCUCUCUUUACAAAAAAGCCUAUUAGUUGUGUUUUGUUUGUUUGUGUGAGAGAGCGAUUGUGCGUGUCUUCUUUUUACAUAGUUAAUUGACAAUAAAAAAAAAACAGUGCCUUAGACUUGCAAGAUUGCUCGUACAAAGUCUAUUUUACCACAUGAGUUAGAGGGAACAUGAUGAAUGUUUUGCUGAUGUUUGCCAGUUGCUAAAUGGCUCGUGACUUCCUGAUGAAUGCCUCGUGGACAUCAUUAUCGGAAGGAAUAUGUAUUUAAGCCAAUAAACCUUUGUACACCA